UUUUGCCCUUCCCUCUGCUCGAUUCCGAUCUCUCCGUGCGAAAUGCUCGCCUCGCAUCUGUAGACGACGGUGCUUUGCUUGCUUUGGAUCGAGUUCUUCUUGCUGUUCUUAUUGGGGAAGGAUGUGAUAAGGUUGGAGCGGGAGUCCGUCAUUCCGGUGUUGAAGCCCAAGCUCAUCAUGAAGCUGACCAGUCUCAUCGAGCAUUCUACUGACCAAACCGAGUUUGUCAAGCUAUGCAAGAGAGUUGAGUACACUAUUCGUGCAUGGUAUCUUCUACAGUUUGAAGAUUUGAUGCAACUUUACUCAUUGUUUGACCCUAUUCAUGGUGGUCAGAGAUUGAAACAGCAGAACCUACCUUCACAAGAGAUAGAUGGUCUGGAACUGAAUUUCCUGAAAUGUUUUUUUCAGGUAAUGAAAAAGAGCAAUUUCAAACUAGUUACUGAUGAAGAAAUGAAAGUUGCACAAUCUGGGCAGUAUCUCUUAAACCUUCCGAUCAAAGUUGAUGAAUCAAAGCUGGACAACAAACUUUCGCCGAUGUAUUUUAAGGAUCAUCCUCAUGAGAACCUCCCUAGUUUUUCUGAUAAGGUAUUAUUCAAAACUUUUAUCUACAAUCUUUUGCUUCUGUUACAAAGUUGAGAAAUUUUUUAAAUUUUCAACUUUUCUGAUA